UCACGCAGCGCCCUGCACAGGCACUGGCUUGCUCCAACUCGUUCUCGCUACGCUGCGUGCGGUGCUGUGCUGCGUGCCUGGCCGUCCCACCCACUCGCGCCCACGGCGCUGCUGCCCGGCGUGCCCUGCCUGCCCGCCCUGAAGCCCCGCUGUAAGGACUCCUGCUCUGCCGCGAGUCUGCUCGCCGGAGGAUUUUCCCAAGUGUGCCUCUAGCGGAUACAACCCUCUCCCUAUUAUGCCAUAAGCCGUACAACCAUGCUUAAGAGCCGUUUGCGACAUCGCUCGCUGGAUGCCACCGGCCCGCCUGGAGUUUGCGACGUAGCGUUGUCCUGACCGCCCGGCCUCUCAGGACCACCUGCGAGUCUGAUAUACGCCUGCAAUCAACCCUCAGCACCACCUGGCCCCGCUGUCACCACACAGCAAUAUCCAUCUGCCACCCCAGCCCAUGCCCUCCCACCACCUGCUGAAACGCUUCAAAAGCCGCCGUAUGACCCUCCUCGAAGACGACUGCGCCCUCGACGCCAGCAAUCCUCUCGCCCGCCAGCCCACCGUCUGCUGGUAUAAGAAGCCCAUGUUUGACUUCUGGCAGAGCCUACUCGCGGCUCUGGAACGCCUCGCCAUGCUGCCCUCGCUCAUCCACUCGGUGCUGCCCUCGCUGCCUUCGCGGAAGCGCACCCGCGAUGCCGUGCGAACCUACGAGCGCACGCUCGACGAUCUGUUGCGCGAGAUCCAGCGCCUACUCGAGGCUCCCCUGGACACUGCACAGCUGCUGCACAUGUCCGGGAGGCUGCAUGACCAGUUUGCGCCAAAGCUCCAGGCCAGCGACAUUUGCAUGCUGCCUUCCUACAACCACAAGCUGCCCACCGGCCUCGAGCAGGGCACCUACCUGGCUCUCGAUGUCGGAGGGUCGACGUUCCGUGUUGCUGUUGUGGAGCUAAACGGCCGCCAGCCCGCCGCUAAGAGCAUGCGCAUCGUCAACAUGAAGAGCUACAAAAUCGAUAACUCGGCUCGAUACCUCCGCGGUACCCAAUUCUUCGAAUGGAUGGCCGAGAAGAUCGAGACGGCCAUCUCGGAUCCCCAGCUGAAAAAGAUCAAUGGCACCAGCACCUUCCCCAUGGGUCUAGCUUGGUCCUUCCCAGUUGAGCAAACGUCCACUCGCUCUGGUAACCUGCUUGCCAUGGGCAAGGGCUUCCGUGCGACAGAGGGCACCCUCGGCCAAGACCUGAGCGAGCUGAUCAUGGCCCCUUGUAGAAAGAGGAAUUUGCCAGUGCGACUAGACUCCAUUGUGAACGACUCGGCAGCAACUUUGUUAUCACGUGCCUACGAAGAUCCGGCGACACGCUUUGCUGUUAUUCUUGGCACAGGCUUCAACAUUGCCGUACAUCUCCCUACUUCGACCCUAGCUUCUACCAAAUAUAAAGGAUACCCCCAGAAAUGGCGGGACGAAGCUACUCACGUUCUUGUCAAUACCGAACUCAGCAUGUUCGGCGGCAAAACCGUAUUCCCAAUGACACGGUGGGACGAGCAGCUCAACGACGCCCACGUCCGCCCGGACUUCCAGCCUUUCGAGCACAUGAUCAGUGGCCGCUACCUUGGAGAACUGGUUCGACUGAUCGUCUCAGAGGCAGUACGCACAGCAGGACUGUUUGGAGGAGAAAUGCCAGACAAACUCAACGAAGCGUACUCGCUCGAUGCGGGCACCAUUGCAGCUCUCGAAAUGGACACCUCGAAGAACCUUAGCAACGGCAUUUCCCUGUUCCAGACAAAACACCCGCUCAGCAGGCCACCCACUUACAAUGACAUCCACUUCGUCCGACAAGUCUCCCAGCUUGUUGCUCAUCGCGCAGCUGCCUUCUUAGCGGCUGGAAUCCACUCGCUAUGGAACCUGCGCACAACGUCCGAGGGCCUCACGCCAGCGACUGCAGGGAAGAUGGCGAUUGGAUGCAAUGGAUCCAUCAUCGAGAAGUACCCCUCGUUCCGCGAGCUUUGCCAGUCACACCUGGAUGAGCUGACUACCGCCUCUGGCGCGGAGCCCAAGUCGAUUUCCCUCGAGAUCGCCGUUGAGUCUGCCAUCUUCGGUGCUGCAGUUGCAGUGUGCUGUCUCGAAGAGUAGAUGUGUUUGUUGUUGCAAGUGCCGCUUGAUACCCCGCGAAGCAAUGUUAAGCUGUAUAUACAUGGCAUGGAAUUUUUUUUUGGGCGCGAUGCAACAGAGGACUGAUUGUAUAGAGCACGGUUUCCGUUUUGUUGCAUCACUUUUAUCUUUUUACUACUGUUUCUGCAUCUUGACGAACGAGACGACGAUCGGGACACAUGGAUGCGGCGCAUCUUGGGGGCAUAUGAGCGCGAGGAAUGCAUACGGGCGAGUUCCCUACGGCGUUUGGAUGCCAACCAGGCUUCUGCCUGGGACUAUAGCAAAAGGCAUUGAUAUU